GCGGGCUGCGGAAGCCGGCAGCCAUUGUUCCCCCGCCCGGGCGCUGGCGCCUUCCGCGCGCGAUGGCUCCCCCCGAAUGAAGCGCAGUGCGGCCGCGCCGCGGGGAACCACGAAGGCGCUGACGACGCCCGGACGCCGUCUCCAGCUGCGGUCGGCCGCCGAGCCUGGCGCCCGGAAGCAGCCUGUUGCUAGGCAGCCGCGUCGCGCCAGCGGGGGGGCGGGGCGUGCGGAGGCUCGGCAUGGACCAGUACUGCAUCCUGGGCCGCAUCGGGGAGGGCGCGCACGGCAUCGUCUUCAAGGCCAAGCACGUGGAGACUGGGGAGAUUGUGGCCCUCAAGAAAGUGGCUCUGCGGAGGCUGGAGGAUGGCAUCCCCAACCAGGCCUUGCGGGAGAUCAAAGCGCUGCAGGAGAUCGAGGACAAUCAGCACGUGGUGCAGCUGAAGGCCGUGUUCCCCCACGGCGCAGGCUUCGUGCUGGCCUUUGAGUUCAUGCUGUCGGAUCUGGCCGAGGUGGUGCGCCACGCCCAGAGGCCCCUGGGCCAGGCGCAGGUCAAGAGCUACCUGCAGAUGCUGCUCAAGGGCGUGGCAUUCUGCCAUGCCAACAACAUCGUGCAUCGGGACCUGAAGCCCGCCAACCUGCUCAUCAGUGCGUCCGGCCAGCUCAAGAUAGCGGACUUCGGCCUGGCCCGGGUCUUCUCCCCGGACGGCGGCCGCCUCUACACACACCAGGUGGCCACCAGGUGGUAUAGAGCCCCGGAGCUCCUGUAUGGUGCCCGCCAGUAUGACCAGGGCGUCGACCUGUGGGCUGUGGGCUGCAUCCUGGGGGAGCUGCUGAACGGGUCCCCCCUCUUCCCUGGGGAGAAUGACAUCGAGCAACUCUGCUGCGUGCUUCGGAUCCUGGGCACCCCCAGUCCUCAAGUCUGGCCGGAGGUCACGGAGCUGCCCGACUACAACAAGAUCUCCUUCAAGGAGCAGGCGCCUGUGCCCCUGCAGGAGGUGCUGCCCGAUGCGUCUCGCCAAGCCCUGGACCUCCUGGGGCGGUUCCUCCUCUACCCUCCGCGCCGGCGCAUUGCAGCCUCCCAGGCUCUGCUGCAUCAGUACUUCUUCACGGCUCCCCUGCCUGCCCACCCCUCGGAGCUGCCGAUUCCCCAGCGCCCAGGGGGACCCGCCCCCAAGGCCCACCCGGGCCCCCCCUACGUCCAUGACUUCCACGUGGACCGGCCUCUCGAAGAGUCACUGUUGAACCCGGAGCUGAUUCGGCCCUUCAUCCCAGAGGGCUGACGCGGGGCCUGCCGUGCCGUCCGUCCCCCAGAGCCCCGACCUCCUGUGGCCUCCGCACGGCCGCGCUAGGCCCUCCCUCACCUGGUCUGCUCCCAGUCCGAGGAUGGGGGUGUCCGGCUCCAGCAGGGGGGCCUGCAGCCCGUGCCGUUGGCCUCCCGUGUGUGUGCGGCCGACUGACCGUCAGAGGGGGACCGUGAGCUCUGUGACUGUGGCUGCCGUGGUGCUGGUGUCCAGGCCCGCCUUCCGGGUCGGGGAUGGCCCUGGUGUAGCCUGCGGAAGGGUGACCUCUCCUAGGGGAGCAGAGAGUGUAAGGUGUCCCUCGUGGGACCACGAGCGGGAGGGCAGCUUUGUUUGGUUUUGUUUUCAGAGGCAUUAAGAGCUCGUUCACUUUGGGGAUGUAUUGUCAAAAGCCCAGGUAGUUCUGCCUGGGGCCAGGCCCUCUUCCAUUCCUACUGAGAGAAGUGGCCAACGUGGCAUCGUGUCCUGGCCCUUGUUUCUCUGUGGGCACCAGGAAUGUGGCCCCAUUCACGGCUCCCGUUUGGAGGUGAAAUGGCAGAAUUCAAGGCCCGGGAUGGCCCAGGUUGGGGACGGAUCAGGGUCAAGCCGGCUUACCACCAUCUCUACCCUGAGGACAAGGGUGAGCCAGGACCAGAUGAGCCGCCUCCUCACUCAGGUACAGAGCAAGUGCGGAGACACGCAUUCCUGGAACUCCUUUGGUAAUUCAGUAAAUCCAAACACAAGCCCAGUCAGCUCUUGUUUGCUUGUUUAAUAAAUUUUGUUCAACCGAUUCUA